AUGAUCAAAAACGAAGUGAAUUCUUCGAACUCCUCACUAAACAAGAAAAACUACAGCGAAGACACUGACUUCUUCCACAAGUACAAUUUUCACGUUAGCCUUCUAGUUUAUCCAUAUUCUUCUGAAGAAAUUGUGGUCAGUUCAGUUGGUCACAAAGUGUUGGUGGAGGCCAAGCAGAAGAAACCGAAAAUCAUAGAGAAUGGAUCGAAAAGUUCUAGUGCUUUUUGGAGGAAUUAUUUUGUGCCUGAAGAAUACGAUAUGACCAGGUUGAAGUAUAGGAUUUUUGAUGAUGGAAUGCUAACUAUCAGUGUGCCCAGGAAAGAUUCUGCAAACAAUGUGAAGCCUUCGAAAUUGGUAUACAAAUUGGAGGAAUGA